AUGAAGAAGCCCUUGCAAGUGUCCAGCGCGGACGACACAUCACCCAGCAGCAAGUCCGCCACCGCGGCAGAGACGGCCCUGGGCGAGCCCAAAAGAGACCACGCCAUGAAACGUGGGGAUGCCCAACGACUUGCCCACGCAGACCACGUCCUCGGCGAGGAUUCCCCGUAUGAAGAAGUGCGGGCUGCCGUCCGCAACACCGACCACGAACAGGUGGCGAGUACCGUGAGAGCGUGGAUCCUCGGCAUCAUCUUUGUGACGGUGGGCAGCGGCCUCAACAUGUUUUUGAGCAUGCGGAGCCCUGCCAUCAACUUUCCCGCCAUCGUCGUCCAGCUGCUCGUCUACCCCGUCGGGUGCCUCUGGGCCAGGCUCGUGCCAGCAAGAGUCUUUGACACCCUUGGAGUGCGGUGGACAUUCAACCCGGGCCCAUUCACCAUCAAAGAGCACGUCGUCAUUACCCUCAUGGCCAAUGUCUCGCUGGGAUAUGCCUACAGCACGGAUGCGCUGCUGGCGCUGCAGGGAAGGCCAUUCUACAACUUGAAUCUCGGCUGGGGUUUCUCGCUGCUCUUCACCCUCAGCUCCCAGCUGAUUGACAUUUCCCUCGCCGGCCUCUUCCGCCGGUUCCUCGUCUGGCCUGCCGCCAUGAUGUGGCCCAAUCAGUUUGCGAGCACCUCGCUCUUUUACGCCCUGCACGACAAGAGUAAGGGCGACGACGGCCUCCGCUCCAACGGCUGGCUGGUGAGUCGGUACCGGUGGUUCGCUAUGGUUGCUGCGUCCAUGUUUUGCUACUACUGGAUCCCUGGCGUCUUGUGGCAGGGCUUAUCCGUGUUUGCCUUUGCCACCUGGAUCCGGCCCAGGAAUGUCGUCGUCAACCAGCUCUUCGGAGGGACCACCGGGCUGUCGCUUAUCCCUCUCACCCUUGACUGGACCUAUGUCACGGCGUACCUGGGAGACCCGUUGCUAGCCCCUACUCACUCCCAUGUCAACACCUUGGUUGGCCUGUUCGUCUUUGUGCUCGUCCCGACCAUCGGCAUGGUGUACAGCGGCACGCUGUUCGCCGACCAUCUCCCCCUGGUGACGGCACAAACCUACGACAAUACGCAAAGCAACUACAAUGUCAGCCGAAUUCUCGGGAGCGGCUUCACCUUUGACGAAGCCAAGUACAGGGAAUACUCGCCGCUCUUCCUGGCGCCAACGUUUGCGCUCAACUACGGCCUGUCCUUUGCGGCCUUGACCGCAGCCAUUGUCCACAUCGCCCUGUACCACGGCAACGAAGUUUGGCAUCGUUUCCGCGCAGCACGAAGCCAGGAGCCCGAUGUUCACUUGAGCAUGAUGCAAAAAUAUGCCGAGGCGCCCGACUGGUGGUAUGGCGCGCUGUUCCUCCUCGCCAUGGCCUUUGGCCUCGCCACUGCCGAAGCGUACGAUUCCCAACUUCCGUGGUGGGCAUUCUUUGUCUCUGUACUCGUGGCCCUCGUCUUCAUUAUUCCGACGACCAUGAUCCUUGCCGUGUCCAACAUUUUGCUCAGCCUCAAUGUCAUCUCACCCUUUCUCGCCGGCUUCAUGAUCCCGGGCCGGCCGAUUGGCGUCAUGCUCUUCAAGGUGUUCAGCACAAUCACCCUGGGACAAGCCCAGACCUACAGCGGCGACUUGAAGCUCGCGCACUACAUGAAGAUUCCGCCCAAAAUCACAUUUUGGUGCCAGGUAGUGCCUACCAUCUGGGCAGUCUUUGUCCAGAUUGCCGUCAUGAACUGGACACUCGGAAACAUCCCCGACGUAUGCACCAACCUGCAAAGAAACCACUUCACAUGUCCCAACGGACGGGCCUUCUUCUCAUCCAGCAUUGUAUGGGGCGUCAUUGGACCUCGACGCAUGUUUGGCGUGGGAGGCAUGUACGCCCGUUUCAAUUGGUUCUGGCUCGUGGGCGCGGCGCUGCCUGUAUUGUUAUACCUCCUGACAAGGACUCUCAGGAUCACCUUCUUCCGACACUUUCAGGCGCCCAUCAUGCUGGGAGCCAUGGCCUGGCUCCCGCCGGCCACACCCCUGAGCUUUUCGUCGUGGGGGAUCGUCGGGCUCAUCUUCAACAAGUGGAUUCGAAAUAGGUGGAAUGGUUGGUGGACGACGUACAACUACACCACGGCUGCAGCGCUGGAUGCCGGCCUGAUCCUGAGCACCAUCGUCAUCUUCUUUGCCAUUACGUUUCCCAACGUGACAGUGCCACAGUGGUGGGGGAACGUAGCUGUUUUUGAAACGCUAGACGCGACGUAUGCUGCUAUUUUGAAGACGGUGCCUGAAAAUGGAACAUUUGGCCCGGGGACGUGGUGA